ACUGGCAAAUAUCGUUCCUGUUAGCUGUCCUGCUGCAAAUCGAGCUACUUACAAAAAUAACAGAAAUAUGCGUCAGAUUUCGACCAUAACAUAUUAAUAUUUCAAUUCAGCCGCGGACAGUGUUCUUUCGAACAGCGUAUGCACUUGUUUUUAAGGUCAGUUGUUAUUAAAAAAUAAAGCAUCAGGGCACUCGUGAAUUGCACAGCCACCUGUAGCUGAGCGCAGCAGCUGUCACUCAACUGGCCUAUGCUUUAUGAUACAGUAUUAUUGACAGGAAUAUGAGCUUCUUCGGCUUCGGACAGACCGCUGAGAUCGAUAUCGUGCUGAAUGACGCCGAAACCAGGAAGAAAGUUGAGCACAAGACUGAAGAUGGCAAAAAGGACAAAUAUUUCCUUUUCUAUGAUGGCGAAACUGUAAGUGGCAAAGUGAACGUGACUCUCAAGACUCCUGGAAAGAGACUCGAACAUUAUGGCAUUAAAAUCGAGUUCGUCGGGCAGAUAGAGCUCUACUAUGACAGAGGGAACCAUCAUGAGUUUGUGUCGUUAGUGAAGGAUCUUGCCCGACCUGGUGAACUUUCACAGUCGCAGACCUUUGAUUUUGAGUUCACCCAUGUGGAAAAGCCAUAUGAAUCUUACACUGGACAGAAUGUCAAGCUGAGAUACUUUCUCCGGGCAACAAUCAGCAGAAGACUCAAUGAUAUCAGUAAAGAGAUGGAUAUUGUAGUGCAGACACUGUGCACAUAUCCUGAGAUCAACUCCUCCAUCAAGAUGGAAGUGGGAAUUGAAGAUUGUCUUCAUAUUGAGUUUGAAUACAACAAAUCCAAGUACCACUUGAGGGAUGUUAUCGUAGGAAAGAUUUAUUUCCUUCUUGUGAGGAUAAAGAUUAAGCAUAUGGAAAUCGAUAUCAUAAAAAGGGAAACAACUGGAACAGGGCCCAGUGUCUACCACGAAAAUGACACUAUCGCCAAAUAUGAGAUCAUGGAUGGGGCACCUGUGAGAGGGGAGUCCAUCCCCAUCCGCUUAUUUCUGGCCGGAUAUGAAAUGACGCCAACCAUGAGGGACAUCAACAAGAAGUUCUCUGUGCGUUACUACCUAAACCUUGUGCUUAUAGAUGAGGAAGAGCGACGAUACUUCAAACAGCAGGAGAUCACACUCUGGAGGAAAGGAGACAUCGUGAGGAGAAGCAUGUCCCAACAGGCCACUAUAGCGGCUCAGAGGUAUGAGGGAUCAAACCCUGAACCUACGUCAGCGCAAGCCAAAGAGGAGACCGACUAGACGUUCUCCGUUCCCUCAACCGCUGAAACGAACCUUGUUACAUUAAAAUGUUUUAUACGUCUUGAAGGGAUCAAAAAUGAGAAUCGUCGCUUCGUGAGAUCAAAACAUAAGAAUUCCGCUUGUAAAAGGCUAGGCUAGCUAAUUCAACGUGUAUAGAUUACAAACUAUUUUUUUAUUUCUCCUUCAAAUACCGCAUGUUUUCGUUACACGAGUGACCAACGAUUUUUGAAACGAUCUUCUCAUGUCUACGCCACUGUUAUAUAUUUGAUUGAGUUGUACGUCUCAAAACAUUCCUCUUAAGUCUAGUGCACUGAGGAGUCAGAAUCACGCUUCUAUACUUUUGUCCUGUCUAAUGAGCCCUAAAUGAGAUUUACUGUGAUCUUUUUGUCUUAUGAAUUUUGCGCUUUAUAGAGCUCUGCACAGUAUUAUUCUGUCGUUUAGGGCAUUAUAAAUGAAGGCCUGCGUAGAAAUGUGUUAUAAGGGAAAUUCUUGUCAACUACUAACUUGUGCAAAUCAGUGUCUUUUUCAUGACUAUUUUUAUUGAAUCUUUUUUUGAUUUGGUGUCUUAAGUGUUUAUUUCCUGUUAGAAACAAUCAACAGAAUCGUCAAUAUCGACAGCAGUUCCAGUAUUCUCAAAUUUACACAUGCUGUCGUAGAAAAAAAAAAUUAUGAUUGAUUGCUACUCAUUUUUAAGGUGAAUUUUCCAUUCUUACAUGUGUGUAUCAUUGUAUUAUACUAAAUAUUUCUUUAUUAGCUGUUCAGGUGAUGAGGAAUGACUAUUAACUGCCAUGCAACAGUGAAAACUUCUGCAAAAGGCUUCUAUUUAAUCAGCCCUAUUGUAAUAAAAUUUACUAACCUCUGCA